UAUAUUUAGCACUAUAUAUCGAUAGUGCAGGGCUGCCAACGUUGACAGCUGAUUGUGCCAUCGACAUAUCUCCACCUCUGCUAGACCGGCGAAAUUUGUUCUCCAGCUGCGCAGCGUUUACGUAAAAGUUUUAUUAAAAACAAAAACAUGUCGCGCGCUCUACAACGUUUAGUGGGCAGCUGUAAGCGCUGGACGCAAUUGAGCUGUCGCAACCAACUCCAAACGCUACAGCAACAACGGUACUUAUCAGCCGGAGCAAAAGAUCCCACGAAAGGGAAAGGUCCCAUAUCAUGGAAAAGUUUGGCUGUGAUUGGUGCGAUAGGCGCUGGAGGAUUGGGCUUUAUGCUGUAUGUUAAGAGCGAAAAGGAUGAGGCACUGCUCAAAGAACGUAAGCGGCAAUUGGGCAAAGCAGCAAUUGGCGGACGUUGGGAAUUAAUUGAUGCCGAUGGUCAGAAGCGCAAAUCGGAAGAUUUUCUAGGCAAGUGGCUUUUAAUCUAUUUUGGGUUUACUCACUGCCCUGACAUCUGUCCCGACGAACUGGAAAAGAUGGCAUUGGUUGUCAAUGAAAUUGAGCAAUCACCACAAACACCACAAGUUCAGCCUAUAUUCAUAACCGUUGAUCCAGAGCGCGACUCUAAAGAGGUGGUGGGCAAGUACGUUAAGGAAUUUUCACCUAAAUUGCUUGGGUUAACAGGCACGGUGGAUCAAAUUCGCAAUGUCUGCAAAGCUUUUAGAGUUUACUUUAGCGCCGGACCACGCGACGAGGACAACGAUUAUAUUGUAGAUCACACGAUCAUUAUGUACCUGGUAAAUCCAGAUGGCGAAUUUGUAGACUACUAUGGACAAAAUCGGGACAAGGAUCAGUGUGUGGCAUCGAUUUUGGUGAACAUCGCCAAGUGGAAUUCUUUAAACAAGAAGGGCUGGUUUAGUUAAGCGCUGGCGUUGCCAGACUGUUUUUGUUA